AUGGGAUAUAUCUUCACAAGGAACCAAGAUGGAGUUUCUUUUGCUCCUUUCUUCCUCUCGAUACUGUCCAAACCUUCUGUUGAUUGUUGGUACCAUCUAAUGGAGGCAGUGUUGGAAGGAGUUUCCCCAUUCGAAAAGGCAAAUGAAAUGAAUAUAUUCGAGUUCGUGAGAAGGAAUGAAACUAGUUUCAAUGAAUCCAUGUACAACCAUACCAUGAAGGUCAUGAGGAAAAUUCUCGACAAAUACAAAAGGUUUGAGGGCCUCCAUCAGGUAGUUGAUGUGGGUGGAGGCUUUGGGGCUAAUAUUAGAUUAUUAGUCUAUAAAUAUCCUCAAAUGAAGGGCAUUAACUUUGAUUUGCCUCAUGUAGUUAAAGAUGCACCUCCUUGUCCAGGAGAAGAGCAUGUUGGAGGAGAUAUGUUUGUCAAUAUUCCCAAAGGAGAAGUAAUUUUCAUGAAGUGGAUUCUUCACGAUUGGGAUGAUGAUCAAUGCAUGAAAAUAUUGAAGAACUGUUACGAUGCGUUGCCAGAAUUUGGAAAAGUGAUAGUGGUGGAAUCUGUAGUUCCAGAAUUUGUACAAACAGAUGUUAUAUCCAGAAAUGUGUUUAAAUUAGACAUGAACAUGCUGGUAGCCAACCAAGGAGGAAAGGAGAGGACAGAGAAAGAGUUAGAGACUUUGGCUAGAGGAGCUGGGUUUGCAGCUAUCAAACUUAUAUACUGUGCUUAUUGCUACACCAUUUCGGAAUUCUACAAGAGUCCAUGA